GCGUGCGCGGGCCCUGGGCCGCGCGGGUCUCGGGUGUCUGUUGUUCGUGGGGGUCUGUACCGGAAGCGUGAGAGGAAGAGAAAUGUGGAGUCUGAGGGCCGCCUGUCGCAGUGCUGCGUUGUUGUUGGAGCGCGGGCAAGGCGCUUUCCCUGCCCUUCCUCUUUUCUCUCCCCUGGGCCUGAUGUGCCCGGCGGUCGGAUGUGGGGAGUCGAGGGGCGGUUGCUGCAGAUGCGGCUGAGCCUCGUGGUUUUCAGAAACAACAAACAUGUCCUCUGAAGUGCUGCCGGCAUCUCUUGAGACUCCUAGUGUGGAAAGACAGCCAGGCGUGAGUGAAGGUGAAGAGGAGGGACGGAAGCCAAGAUUAGAUGCAGGGACCGAGCCACUGUCUAAACGGCAGAUGAAGAAGCUGCUGAAGCAAACGCAAUGGGAGGAGCAGCGAGAACUGCGCAAGGAAAAACGAAAAGAAAAGCGCAAGAGAAAGAAGUUGGAGCGACAGUGUCAGCUGGAGUCCAGCUCAGAUGGAAGUGACCGAAAGCGCAUCCGGAGACACGCUGUUCACAGCAGCCUCCGCCUUGUCAUCGACUGUAGCUUCGAUGAUUUGAUGGUGUUAAAGGAUAUUAAGAAACUUCAUAAGCAGAUUCAACGAUGUUAUGCAGAAAAUCGACGUGCAUCACAUCCUGUGCAGUUUUAUUUGACAAGCCAUGGAGGUCAACUGAAAAAGAACAUGAAUGAAAAUGACAAAGGAUGGGUCAACUGGAAGGAUAUCCACAUCAAAGCAGAGCACUAUAGUGAACUCAUAAAGAAAGAAGAGCUGGUUUAUCUGACGUCAGACUCUCCUAAUGUCCUGAAGGACUUAGAUGAGUCAAAGGCCUAUGUGAUUGGAGGGUUAGUGGACCACAACCAUCACAAGGGACUCACUUUUAGACAAGCGUCCAGUUAUGGAAUUGAACAUGCACAGCUCCCUCUUGCAGAUUUUGUGAAGAUGAACAGUCGAAAAGUCCUGGCAGUUAACCAUGUGUUUGAAAUUAUCCUGGAGUUCUUGGAAACGAGAGACUGGCAAGAGGCAUUUUUUACCAUCUUACCCCAACGGAAAGGAGCUGUUCCUGCACACAAAGCCUGUGAAAGCUCUCCUCAGGACCAGCAGUCCCAGCCAGAAGGGAGGGACAGUUCCAACGAGGGAGAACAUUGCAGGAAUCACCCCGACUCACCACAGAAAGAAGAGCAGGGCCCGCAGAGCAGCCCGGUGUCCCCAGUGAGCCCUGUCCCACAGUGACCAACCUUCCCUAGCUGUCCUUCCACUGAGGGAGAGUCGAGAGAGUGUGGCACCUCACAGAAUACUCAGACUACAAGAACACUGAUUUUUCUCUCAACCCUGUUAUGGAAUUUUAAAUCCUGUCAAGAGUUAAAUGAUAAUGAAAAACCUUUUAAGCACCAAGAAAGGAUUGUUUGGUUUUGUGUAAGAAGACUUAAAGUAUGAUUUCAAAGUUGUUUGACGUCAGAUCAGAGUCAUGGAGAAUGUUUCCCUAUGCUAUGCCUUCCUUCUCCUCCUUCGCUGGAGUGUAUGCUUCAGAGCGUGCCUUCUGAUUUAGCUUGGGUCUUCUCUGUUGCUCUCCAUGUCAUUUUGGUGUGACCUAUUUGUUGGAGCAGAUGUUCUGUGUGUCACUAGAACGUUGGACUUGGGAGGCUGCCCCUCUGUCUGUAGCUUUGUGUUCAGUUUGGUACUUUUGAAGAAAUACAUUAAUUCUAGAAGGAAUACCAGUUGUUUGCUGGGCUCAGUAAUUCAUUCUUUUGGACAGUGGAGUCAUUCCUGUGCCUCCCUUGUGAUGCCUUCUCAUACUUUUGAAAUAAUCACAAGAAUAGUCUUAGCCAGCGGUGGUGGCACACACCUUUAAUCCCAGCACUUGAGAGGCAGAGC